AUGGCACAACGUCCCUUCUUCUCCUCCUCUCUUCUUCCUCUUCUCCGUUCAGCUCGCCGCCGCUUCUCCUCCCUCUCCUCCAACCCCCAAAACGACGCCGAAUUGGUAUCAAACAUCCUCCUCCACCACCACAACCCCUUCCACGCAAUGGAGUCCUCCCUCCAGCUGCACGGCAUCACUCUCUCCCCGGACCUCCUCCAUCACACCCUCCUCCGCCUCAAGCAAAAUUCCAAAAUUGCCCUCGCCCUCUUCCACUACGCCAACUCCCUCCCCUCCCCUCCCCUCACCUCCCACGCCUUCCACCUCCUCAUCGACAUCGUCGCCAAGGUCCGCCAAUACGACGUCGCUUGGCAGCUCAUCCUCCAAAUGGACCCCCCCACCUCCGCCGCUUUCCUCAUUCUCAUCCGCCGCCUCAUCGCCUCUGGCCUCACCCGCCAGGCCGUCCGGGCCUUCGACGACAUCGAGACCUUCGUCCAGACCCGCCCGACCUCCCAGGACUUCAUCUUCUUGCUCGACACCCUCUGCAAAUACGGCCAUGUCAAACUCGCGGCCGAAGUCUUCAACAGAAGAAAGCAUGAGUAUGCGGCGGAUGCGAAAAUGUACACGGUUCUGGUUUGCGGGUGGUGCAAGAUCGGCCGGUUCGAUACGGCGGAGAGGUUCUUGGAAGAGAUGAUUCAGCGUGGUGUUGAGCCCAAUGUGGUUACUUACAAUGUGUUUCUCGAUGGGAUUUGCAGGCGGGCGAGUUUGCACCCUGAGGAGCGGUUUCAGAGGACCAUAAGAGAUGCACAGAAGGUGUUCGAUGAAAUGUCCAGCAGAGGCAUUGAGCCGGAUGUGACUAGUUUUUCGAUUGUUCUUCAUGUUUAUAGCCGGGCGCAUAAGCCGGAGUUGUGUCUUGACAGGCUCAAGGAAAUGAGGGAGAAGGGGAUUUGCCCCACCGUGGCGACCUACACUUCGGUUGUCAAGUGUCUCUGCUCCUGUGGAAGGCUCGAGGAAGCGGAUGAGUUGCUUGGUGAGAUGAUGAGGAGUGGGGUGACUCCCUCUGCAGCUACUUAUAAUUGUUUUUUUAAGGAGUACAAGGGGAGGAAGGACGCGGAGAGCGCUUUGAAGUUGUAUAGGAAGAUGAAGGAGGAGGGGUUGUUCGCGCCGACUGUGCAUACUUAUAAUAUAUUGGUGGGGAUGUUUUUGCAGUUGAAUAGGGUGGAGAUUGUGAGAGAGAUUUGGGAUGACAUGAAAGAGAGCGGGGAAGGGCCGGAUUUGGAUUCGUAUACAAUGUUGAUUCAUGGGUUGUGUGAGAAGCAGAAGUGGAGAGACGCUUGCCAGUUUUUUGUGGAGAUGAUUGAGAAGGGGCUUCUUCCUCAGAAAGUUACUUUUGAGACACUCUACAGAGGGUUAAUACAGUCUGAUAUGUUGAGGACUUGGAGAAGAUUGAAGAAGAAGCUUGAUGAGGAGUCUGUUACUUUUGGAGCGGAGUUCCAAAAUUAUCACCUAAAGCCAUACAGGAGAUGAUCAGGACGUGUUUUUGUUACUUGCUUAUGUUUUGAGAUUGAAAGCCCGAAAGAGGCAUUAGCAAAAAAGUGAAGCUUAGAGUAUACAGUUUAAUAGAACCUCGGACAAAGCAGGAGCAGUGACAGCGAGAACCUGCCCAACGGACCAGAAGAUUAAGCAUUCAAAUUUGCAGUACACAGAGAUAAGAGAAACCUUGAAGAAUGAAGACAGAUAAGGGUAAAAAAAAGUCGUUUGCCAACUAGUUUAAGAAGAUCGAGCUUGGAAGGCCCUAUAUCUGUUAGGAAGGAUUGUCUUUGGAUACCACAUCACAGGAAUCCUCUUACCAUCUGAUAUAGUGAAGGAAUAUGAUCAACGUCAAGGUUAAGAAUCAGUCGCAGAGCCAUUUCGGUAUUUCUGCAAUCACAUUGCAAUAUUGAAGUGUACCGUCCCAAUGCUCCUUGAAGCCCCGCAAGGGCUGACUAUGUAUCAGAAGCAACUCAGGCAGGUGUUAGAAACAGAUAAUAGAAAACAAGUUCCUUUUCCCCCGCUAUCAACAACUCCGGAGUCUAUUUCCAGGGCUCCUCAAAGUCCAAGGAUGGCUAUCUAUCAGAAGCCAGGGUAUAAAACAAAUAGUAGGACCCAAAUUACAGUUUCCAGAACGCACAACACCUGAACCACCAAGUUGUGCCACAAACACACAAUGAGGUACAGAUUGUUAUUGAAAAGCAAGAACAAUGUUUCUAGGGUAGGGCCGGAUUUGGAUUCGUAUACUUUGUUGAUUCAUGGGUUGUGUGAGAAGCAGAAGUGGAGAGACGCUUACCAACUUUUUGUGGAGAAGGGGCUUCUUCCUCAGAAAUUUAUUUUGUGACACUUUACAGAGGGUUGAUACAGUCUGAUAUGUUGAGGAUUUGGAGAAGAUUGAAGAAGAAGCUUGAUGAAGAGUCUGUUACUUUUGGAUCGGAGUUUCAAAAUUAUCACCUUAAGCCAUAUAGGAGAUGAUCAGGUUGUGUUUUAUUUCUUGCUUAUGUUUUGAGGUACCAUUAAAGAUUAGACAGUUGCAUUGUUGUCAUGUUGUUUAUUAUAGUAUGAUCAUUUGAAUG